UGACCGUUUCGAUUCCUAUCCAGCCGCCCAGACGGAAUUGAUGACCAUCUUCUAGAGGCCCAAACUUCCCACAAAUUUCCCCAUGGGUUGGCCUACUAGACCACAGUCCCCUUCUUCCACAACUCCCAGCCCAAUCCCAGCUGAAGCCCAUCCGAUGAAGAAAAAAAAGACUCUCAGAGGGGGGCAAAGCCUUCCUUACAUAUCCCGUCUGCCCCCUCCCAGCGCCUGUCGGCCAUGGAUAAUCACGGAAUCUACCGCCGUGGCCACGUAUGCGAGAGCGGAGCACAUCGGGCUUCUGAUCGAGAACGACACGGAGAGGGCACGAGGGAGAAAGCGGUGUGGACGUGUUCCGCCAUGAUUACCAUGGAGAGCAUUUCAUCUUCCGGAUUUCUCCUUCUCCGACUGCAGAAUUCGGAUUGUGACGGUCGGGGAUCGGAAGACACGUCCAUACACCUGUCGCCAGCGUGCUCUUCUGACCAACGGCGGACCCGGAAUUGCGCGAGAAGAGAGUGCUGUGUAUACGUGGACAGUCAUUCCCCCUUUCACAUGCUACGAUGCGCCUUCCGACCUCCGUCUUGUGAGGCGAUGUCACGCGGCGAGGAAUGUUCCCGACUUUCGGGGAUGCGACCGGCAUGUGUAUCAGGCGGAAUACCGCCGCGAGGUCCCCGCCUUUUCGUUAUUCACGGGGUGCAUUCCGAAUAGCACGUGGAAAAAAGUCGUCGAGUGAAGAUUGAUGGACGGAUUUUCCUGAGCUGCCUCGAUAGGGCAGACGGACCAUCAUCAGCAAUGGGAAGCGAGC